CUGUGUAUAAGGACAACUUCACAGAACAGAAUGAUGCAGAAGCAAAAAUGUAUUGGAUUUCUACAUCUUGGAAUUUUUAUAUGGACCUCAUUUUGUAUUAAAGGCUCUUUACAGGGGGAAUAUCAGCGGAAGUUGUAUAAGGAGUUGAUGGAGAACUAUAACAGACUGGAAAGGCCUGUUCUCAAUGAUUCUGCACCCAUAGUGGUGGAGCUGGGACUCACACUGCUUCAGAUCAUAGAUGUGGAUGAAAAAAAUCAGGUAUUAAUAACCAACGCCUGGCUACAGCUGGGAUGGACAGAUGUCUAUCUGAGCUGGAACCCGGAUAACUAUCCUGGUGUUCAGACCCUCCGGUUCCCAUCCAAUCAGAUCUGGACACCAGAUAUUCUGCUGUAUAACAGUGCUGAUGAGAGGUUUGAUGCCACCUUCCAUACAAAUGUCCUGGUUAAUGCAUCAGGUGCUUGUCAGUACAUCCCACCAGGUAUUCUGAAGAGCACGUGUUACAUAGAUGUGCGCUGGUUCCCAUUUGAUAUCCAGAAAUGUGACCUGAAGUUUGGCUCAUGGACUCAUAACGGCUGGCUGCUGGACCUCCAGAUGCAGGCAGUGGACAUCUCUACAUACAUCCCCAAUGGAGAGUGGGAUUUAGUGGGGGUCCCUGGGAAGCGUAAUGAGCUGUAUUAUGAGUGCUGUAAGGAGCCCUAUCCUGACGUGACAUUUACAGUAACAAUGCGCAGGCGAACAUUGUACUAUGGUCUGAACCUGCUCAUUCCCUGUGUGCUCAUCUCCGGCCUGGCGCUGCUCGUCUUCCUGCUGCCAGCCGAUUCUGGAGAGAAAAUUUCAUUGGGUAUCACUGUUCUUCUGUCAUUGACUGUCUUCAUGUUGCUGGUGGCCGAGAUCAUGCCAGCAACCUCUGAUUCUGUUCCUCUCAUAGCUCAGUACUUUGCCAGCACCAUGAUGAUCGUGGGCUUGUCGGUUGUUGUCACCGUUCUUGUUCUGCAGUUUCAUCAUCAUGAUCCACAAGGGGGAAAGAUGCCAAGAUGGGUGCGUGUGAUUCUGCUCAACUGGUGCGCCUGGUUCUUGCGCAUGAAGAAACCAGGUGAGGAACGUAAAGCCAACUUCAAAUAUGACCAGUCUCCAGCACACCACGCCAGUGCCAGCAGCAUUCAGAUGGGCGUCAUGCCUGGUCAACCGUCCUCCACCAACUCCACUACCAAUGGCCAUAUGAACCUGUACUUUGGCUACCACUCCAUUGACAGCGCCUGCUGUCCACCCAGUAGUGACUCCGGCGUGUCUUGCAGCGGUGGACGAGUUGGUGGAUCACCAAAUGAAGAACAGCGAGAGGGAGUGAGGAUGUUUGCAGGUGAACCAGAAAUCCAUCGCAUCCUGGCAGAAGUGAUGUACAUCGCCCAGCGCUUCCGUGACCAGGAUGAAGCCGAAGCCAUUUGCAGCGAGUGGAAAUUUGCAGCGGCAGUCGUGGAUCGGCUCUGUCUGGUGGCAUUUUCACUUUUCUCCAUCAUCUGCACUUUUACUAUUCUGAUGUCCGCACCAAAUUUUAUCGAGGCAGUUUCGAAAGACUUUACAUAAUUGUGAUAGGAGCACGUUGGAGGCUUUUGGGUUGUUUUAAAAGUUAUUACAAAAAGAAAAAACACGUGAUUGAGUGUGAGAAGUGUCUACCGCCAAAGUUGAGUCCUUCCUCGACUCAUCUUCUCAAAUCCAUGAGAAUUGUUGUUACAAAUAAUUCAUAUAAAAAACGAAUAAACAAAAUUGUGUAUUUUUGAAAUGUGACUUUUCGAACAAACGUGCAGACCCUUGGACAUGCUGUUUGGGUGAUAUUUUAUGUCUUUAUAUACUGUAUAUGGACUGAGCAUUGAGGGUUGGUUUAUGUAAAGAUGUGCUCUGUGUGCUAACUUUGUUAGUCACAACAGCUUCAAAUGUGUCUGUGAAGUUUGUGUUCUGAAAAACAAACAUAAUGAAUCCCCAAAUCCCUUUAAAGCAUACACAUUUUCUUUAGUAAUAUUUUUGGCACCAUUUAACAUUAUUUUAGUACGAAUAUUUUUACUGAACCAACAUACAAAUCCUUACAAUUUUAACAAAUAUUUCCUUACCAAAGCAACAAUAGCAUCGAGGGUUUAUUUAAUACACUCUGUUACUGUCACUUUCAUUAUUUUGAAGUUUUCUAUUAAUAUUACAGUUAUUAGUGUGUUCUAAUCUCUCACUUGUGUCCGGUUUGUCCACGUAAAUCAGAGUGUUAUUAUUUUGUGACCAUACUGACCCUGUGCUUUGUUGUAUUAUGUAAAAAUACUAUGUAAACACUGUGGAUAUAAGUCAUUUUGUUA